AUGCAUGGCCGAUGUGGGAACGGAAACAGCAUCUGUUUUUUUUUAAUUUUUGACGAGGGUGGCCAGAUGAGUGAAGAAAGGGCAGAUUUGGACAAGAUAAUAGAAAAGCUUCUUGCUGUGCGGAAUAGCAAGUUGGGGAGGCUUGUGCAUCUGUCUGAGGCAGAGAUAAAGUACCUAUGCGAGCGAUCUAUUGGUGUGUUCAAGCAACAGCCAACACUAAUUGAGGUGAAGGCACCGAUCAAAAUUUGCGGAGACGUGCACGGGCAGUACUAUGAUCUAUUGAAGCUGUUUGAGCACGGAGGGUAUCCGCCCGAAAGCAGCUACUUGUUUCUCGGGGACUAUGUUGACCGUGGAAAGCAGUCGCUGGAGACGAUUUGCCUUCUGCUCGCAUACAAGAUAAAGUAUCCGCACAACUUUUUCCUACUGCGUGGAAAUCAUGAGUGUGCCAGCAUCAACAGGAUAUAUGGGUUUUAUGAUGAGUGUAAGAGACGGUAUGACACGACUAUAUGGAAGAUGUUUACCGAGUGCUUCAACUGGAUUCCGAUAUGUGCGCUUAUUGAUGGAAGGAUACUGUGUAUGCAUGGAGGAAUAUCGCCGGACUUGAAGAGCAUGGACCAGAUACGUGCGAUAGGAAGGCCCACAGACAUUCCUGACGAAGGAUUGCUGUGUGACUUGCUGUGGAGCGAUCCUGAUGCAAGCGUAAAGGGAUGGGGUGAGAAUGAUAGAGGAGUAUCUGUGACGUUUGGGCCUGAUGUUGUUGAGAAGUUUCUUGACAUGCACAAUCUGGACUUGAUAUGCAGGGCACACCAGGUUGUGGAGGACGGAUAUGAGUUUUUUGCGAACAGGUCGUUGGUUACUGUGUUUUCUGCACCGAACUACUGUGGAGAGUUUGAGAAUUCAGGAGCAAUAAUGGACGUGGACAAGGAUCUUGUGUGUUCGUUCCAGGUGCUCAAACCCACAGACUUUGCCUGUGGCGAUGACGGAAGGAAGAAAAAUGCAGGAGGAAGCCGGAAAAGAUAA